AUGCCCUCACUGGAUGCGUUGCCGAGCCGGGAUAGCGUUAGCGAGGUACACACAGGGUCUUCUCCUAGUGAUGAUGGGACGGAAGUAAAUGAAAUGACGUUGGAAAAGGAAGAUUCGCUACCGACAACGGAGUCGAUGAUGGAGACAUCAUGCCGCCAACAGCAGAACGUAGAUGAUUGCGGCUUUUUACUCGCCCUUGCGAUGAGGCGGGUUAUGAAGAAGCCAGAGGGUGAGUAUCCAUGUAUUGCCGGCUUGUUAUACCGCAGUCGCGUCCCCUAUGCAGUGUGGCAGCUCCGCUUCCACCAGUUUGCGGGCAGUGUUUUACGUUUCUCAAAGCCGUCACCGGGUGGAAAACGCGCUCGCUGGUGGAAGGUCUUGACUGGUCGCGAACUCUUACAUGUCGAGCUGGAUAACGGCAACACUGUCAUUGGGGAGGCACAUCCACCAAACUGCUCUCAUGGACAAAGUUGCAUUUCAAUAUAUUUUAAAAAACGCACUGAAGCCGCUCCUCGACGGCUGCGCCUGUGCAGCGCAAAGCAGCGAGAUACACUUGCGUGGUUCUUUGCUCUCCGCUAUGUGACACAACAGAUGGAUUGCCCCAGUUAG